GACCGUUUUCCUUUUGCAAGCAAAGACAAGAAGUUGUGUGAGACUCAGACAGAUAGUCUGGAGUAAGUCUCAGUCACAAUGGAUGCAGUUAGUUGCUGUUUAACGGCAAUAGUCCUGCUUUUCGGGAUAGGGUUACCGGGAACUGAAGCCUUGCUCUGUUUUUGUCAUCAUUGUACAAAAGACAACUUCACCUGUGAAACAGAUGGACUGUGCUUUGUAUCUGUCACCCAGACGCCCACAAAGGUUACACAGAGAAGCAUAUGUAUGGCAGGGAAUGAACUUUUUCCCCCAGAUAGACCCUUUAUUUGUAUACCCUCUUCAAAAGGUUUAGCUAAUACCUGGCCACGCUGCUGUAACACUGACUUCUGCAAUAAAGACCCACCUCUUGUGCCAACUCCAGAAAUUCCAGAAGAGGCAAGUGCUCCAAGCCUGGGACCUGUGGCCUUAGCAGCAGUAAUAGCAGGGCCGGUGUGCCUUGUUUGCAUUCUUCUGAUGUUGACUAUUUAUAUUUGUGUCAGUCGCUCUGUCAUUCAUCACCGUGUCCCAAAUGAAGAAGAUCCUUCAUUAGAUCGACCUUUUAUAACGCAGGGUACCACCUUAAAAGAUUUGAUUUAUGACUUGACAACUUCCGGUUCUGGAUCAGGUCUACCUUUGCUGGUACAAAGAACAAUUGCCAGAACCAUCGUUUUGCAAGAGAGCAUUGGAAAGGGCCGCUUUGGGGAAGUCUGGCGGGGCCGGUGGAGAGGAGAAGAAGUUGCUGUCAAAAUUUUCUCUUCUCGUGAAGAGCGCUCAUGGUUCCGUGAAGCAGAAAUCUACCAAACUGUCAUGUUGCGUCAUGAAAAUAUCCUUGGGUUCAUCGCAGCAGACAACAAAGAUAAUGGAACUUGGACUCAGUUGUGGCUCGUGUCAGAUUACCAUGAGCAUGGAUCACUUUUUGAUUAUUUAAAUAGAUAUACAGUUACUGUAGAGGGCAUGAUUAAACUGUCCCUGUCCACUGCCAGUGGACUCGCCCAUCUUCACAUGGAGAUUGUAGGAACACAAGGUAAACCUGCAAUUGCUCACAGAGAUCUAAAGUCAAAAAACAUUUUAGUAAAAAAGAAUGGGACAUGCUGCAUAGCGGAUUUAGGUCUGGCAGUAAGACAUGAUUCAGCUACAGACACGAUUGACAUUGCUCCAAAUCACAGAGUGGGAACAAAAAGAUAUAUGGCCCCCGAAGUCCUUGACGAUUCCAUAAAUAUGAAACAUUUUGAGUCUUUUAAGAGGGCUGACAUCUAUGCCAUGGGAUUGGUGUUCUGGGAGAUAGCACGGAGGUGCUCGAUUGGUGGAAUUCAUGAAGACUACCAGCUUCCAUAUUAUGACCUGGUUCCUUCAGAUCCUUCUGUUGAGGAAAUGAGGAAAGUGGUUUGUGAGCAGAAGCUCAGGCCAAACAUUCCAAACCGGUGGCAGAGUUGUGAGGCCCUGCGUGUAAUGGCGAAAAUUAUGCGUGAAUGUUGGUAUGCCAAUGGAGCAGCUAGGCUGACGGCUUUGCGCAUCAAGAAGACGUUGUCUCAGCUCAGUCAGCAGGAAGGCAUUAAAAUGUAAACCCAGGCCUGCAACUUUUAAAAGCAUUAUUUCUUUUUCUUUUUCUUUUUUUUUCUUUUAAGAAGAAAAAUGUUACUUUUUGAAGGUGUUUUUUGUAUACAACUCCACAGUUGCAGUAUUUGGAAGGGAUAUUUUGUUCUACCUCACCGAGGGAACAGAAAGAUGGAUCUCGCUGCCUUUAAAAUUAAAUAGGAACACUGCAAAAACCAGAGCUCUCACUGCAGACACGCGCAAUGGAGCUGUGGGAUACUUUCUGUGCACUACGAACACCUCAUUUAGAGACUGAUGUAGAUUAGCUUUAUUUUUUAUUAACAUUCAACUUGAUAAAAAAAAAUAGUAAAAUGCGCGAGAGAAAUUUUGUAAUUGCUGAUCUUAACGUAUAGGUAACAGUGCUUAAUAUGACAUUAUUAUACUUGGUCCUGGUCCGGUCAAAUCAUACAGUGUUAAACAGGAAAGGAUUUAUUCAUACUACUCUUAGAAUCGGGUACCUUUUUAUAUUGGCAUUUUAAUUUGUUUGGCUUUGAGAGAUGACAGUUUUUUAUAAUUUUUUGGGGGGCCUGUAUUGCACCAUUUUUAAAAAAAAAUAAAAAAUUUAAAAAAAUGAAUCAACUGCAGAUCAGCAUAACUUUUGACAAGACCUCAACCAGUCUUUGCAAACAUUCUUUGACAUAUGCAAUAUAUAUAUAUAUAUAUAUAUAUAUA